GGUCGGCAAAGCGGAAAAGACUGCAGUUGAAGCAAAAGUUUAACAAUGGAGUUUUGCACAUUAGCGCUGUUUACACUUUUCUCCUCGGUUUACAACGUGUUGGCGCUGUCACCUAAAGGCGCGUGUCUCCUUCAAGUGGACGAGGGACCUUGCAAAGGAGAAAUUGAGAGAUACUACUACAAUACUAUCACCCAAAAGUGCGAGCUUUUCUACUACGGAGGCUGCCAAGGGAAUGCCAAUAACUUCAGGAGUUAUCAGGAGUGCCAUAAAUCAUGUUUCAGAAUCCCAAAGGUUCCCCAGAUCUGCAGGUUUCCUAAAGUGGAGGGACCCUGCCGCGCCCUCUUUCGCAGCUACUUCUUCAACAUGACCACCAUGCAGUGUGAGUCCUUUUCCUACGGUGGCUGCCAGGGCAAUUCCAAUCGCUUCCGAGACCUCACCGCUUGUAAGGAGUACUGCAGUCCACGAAAAACUGUUCCUAUGCUCUGCCUGGACCCUCUGGACAAAGGGAGGUGCUCAGCCUCCAUUCCUCGGUAUUACUACAACACAGCCAGCAAGAUGUGCGAGGAGUUCAGCUAUUCAGGCUGCGGAGGGAGCAGCAACAAUUUUGUCUCGAGGAAGAACUGCAUGAACGUGUGUGUUACAGGAGGGAAGAAACACACAGGCCAAGGCAAAGGUCGGCGCAUGAGACGGAAUAGAUAUAAUCGGAUCACUUUCUUGCAGGCGUAGACGUCUGACACUCGGGGAUUCUCACUUGAACAAGGCCUUGGAGGAAACUUACCAAACUGACUGUUUUAUGCCAAAAUACUGUUUUAUGCCAAAAUGUUGACCAGCUCUUCUUUGUUGUUACUAGAAGAGUCAUACUAGCACAUACACACAUUUCCACUGUAUUGUUGUUUUGUAAUGCUUUAUGAGCUACUAUAAAUGUGAUUUCAAUGAAGUUUGUUACUACACUAAUGUUCCUGAUUGUGUAUUUUGAUACUGUAUGUGUGUAAUAUGUGUUUUAUAAGCAAUACAACCAUUUUUAUCCGCCUAACUAUUAUAUAAGCACAUUUAUUUUGAUAAAAAUAUACAGAAUUGUA